GGUGUGGCUGUGUGGGCUGGCGUUCACAGUGCUGGCACAAGUUGUAAACACACCGUGUGGAGCGGGCGGACAGAAGCACAGCUACCAGCGGUGCGCGACCGCGACCACAGCCGGGUAGCGUCUUCCCUUUUCGUCUUCUUAAGAGUCACCCUCUCGGCUAGAGCGUCCCCUCUCUCCCCCCUCCCUCAAGCCAGCCUCGCGUCCCAGCAGUGGGCUAGUGUAGCGCCAGUCGGGAGACGCUGCUACGGGAAGUGUGGUGUACAGCACGGCGGCUGUGUGGCGUGUGGGUCAGGUGUGAGGGCUGCUCUCCCUGCCGCUCCCAUUGAUCUGACCGGACUAUUGCCUGUUGCUCCGCGCCAACGGGCCAGACACGCUCGUUGUUUCAACAAGUUGACGCAUAAAACUAGAUUCUGUCCAUAAUGACGCAGGGGCCCAAGGUCUGGGCGUCCGGCGCACGGGAAAGGCUCGGCACCUGAGCAAAGGCGUGGUGCGUGCGUGGCCUGUACCUGCCGUGAAGGACGGCCGUGUGUGGUGAGGCAGUAACGGGAGAAUAAUGCCAAAGUGAGUGUCGCUGAUCCAUUCCACGAGGUGCACGUUUUUACGCAACACAGUGCAGUGACGUUCUACUCAUAGAAAAGAGUACGCGUGUAAGUGUUUGCUCUUUAGUGAUCACCUUCGAGUGAAGGCAGAGCGAAAGGAAAGUCACAUAUAUCCAAGCAUCCCUUUCCGUCCACAAGAGGAGGAGGCAGCGUUGCACACCAUAACUGUUAUAUUCUGACGCUUAUCCUCGCGCCGUGGGAGAUAAUUGGUGAGUCUCGCGGGGAGGUAGUUCUGAUGCCUCCGUGGAUGAAUUACCUGGUGCCAUGGUGAUGGUGAGGCGCAAGCAGGCAGCCCCGCCUCGCUGCCCUGCGUGACUCCUCUCUUGCCAGCUGGGGCGGUAGCGGUAUGCUCCUGCCACGCCGUCUCUGUAGCCUCGUAGGGGGCUUUCUUCUGCUGUUCCUCUGUUUCUUCUACGUGCUGGAUCAUUACGAUUACCAGUACGACUCUCAUCUGGCAGUUGUGGGUCCAGAGUAUCCGACCCGGGAGUCACCACAGGACAGGCCGUGGCCCCGAAGCUUGGCACACACCCGCCCAAUACUUAACGACACAAGCUGGGCUACUGCUCAUUUAGAAAAUAAUGACACGGCAUUUUCAGAAUAUAGAAAGAGCAUGCCGUGUAAAAAAAAGUACUGGAGGUGUAACAGCAGCGUCCCGACAGAUCCCGAGCCACCACCAGAGGUCCUACAGGAGUUGGAGGCCUUUGGAGGCAGUGACCCUUCUAGCAGUCCGAUGUUGGAUGCGCCGUUAUGGACGCAAUAUGCUGAUCGUGGCUACACAGUCAUCGGCAGGAACGAGACAGCGGCGCGACGGCUGCCUCACGUCCUCAUCAUCGGCGCCAAGAAAUCCGGUACACGGGCGCUGCUUGCCUUCCUGCGCGUCCACCCUUCCAUCAGGGCGUCAGGGCCUGAGGUGCAUUACUUCGACAGGUUCUACAGCCGAGGCCUCUCCUGGUACAGGAGCAAGUUGCCGCUGAGCUUGGAAGGCCAACUGACAGUGGAGAAGACACCCGCCUAUUUCACUACGCCUGGAGUACCUGCCCGGGUGAAGAUGGAUCUCCCUUCUUGCCGCCUGCUGCUGGUGGUGCGCGACCCCGUCACCAGAGCGCUUUCGGACUACACUCAGAGCCUCAGCAAGCACAGAGCUCGGCGGCCUUUCGAAGAGAUGGCUUUCGUCAAGUCCUCCCCGGGUUUGGUUAACUCGGAGUGGGGUCCCAUCAGUGGGGGUCUGUACGCCCGACAUUUACAGCGCUGGCUUGACCACUUCCCGCGCUCCAGCAUCCAUGUCGUGAGCGGUGAAAACUUGAUUAAGGAUCCCGCCGUCGAGCUAUGCCGCGUGCAGGAGUUCCUGGGGUUACGGCGAGUCAUCACGGAAAAGCACUUCUUCUUCAAUGUAACCAAGGGCUUCCCCUGUCUGGUGAAGCGAGAGAAGUCGGGUCGUCCUCACUGCCUCGGCUCGUCCAAGGGUCGCUCCCAUCCUGAGGUCUCUCGUGAGACCUACAAUAUCCUCAGGGACUUCUAUAGACCCUUCAACUACAAGUUUUACAAAAUGAUUGGACAGAACUUCCGAUGGUAACAAUUUAGUGUGACCACAUGUCUCCCAUGUCCCCACAAGUAUGCCUCACAUAAUGUUCUCCCGCUUUCCUUCAUUCAUUGGUUCACAGGGAGUUAUGGACCAUGGGGCUUCCUGUCCAAACCUUUACUACUAAAUCUGUCAAAACCGCUUUACACUGCCCUCUUCGUACGUUUGUCUGGAGAUGGAGUGCGUCUUCUCUAACGUUACAUCUUUGACAGGAAAUUAAUCGGAGCUGCCAAAUAGACUUCUGUGAGACGACAAUGUUGUUGCUAGUAUUUAUUUAUGAAGCAAUAUAUGUAGAAAUGUUUCGAAGACCGUCAAUUUAUUGUUCCCAAUAACCUGUUGAAAUUUCUUCAUAAUGUUAGACCUUUGAACCGUAUAUAGCAUGAUCAAAAUAGUUUACCACAGAUCGCGGCCCCAACUUCCACAGAUUUGCUCGUGUAUUCCGGAACGGGUGUAAACUAACCUAACCCAGCCUGAUCUCACAUAGACAGACUGGUUUUAAUGUCAAUGACGACGCAUUCCGUUCUAUCUCCAGACGAGCGAACGAAAAGACUUCGGUCAAUUUUAGGUCAGGCAAGACUAUUGGACAAAACUUUCAUUGCUGUAUUUCUCUCCUCCUCCCUACUUCACCUCAACGAUGCCGAGAUGUCCCAAACGACCCUUUACUCUAACACUCUUACCUCACUUUUUUUUAAAGACCUUUCAGCCCCUUUGUGGAUUGGGUGCACAUGUUACCAGCAUGUAUGUUCAUUUGUGUGUGUGUGUGUGUGUGUGUGUGUGUGUGUGUGUGUGUGUGUGUGUGUGUGUGUGUGUGUGUGCCUGUACGUGCGUUGAUGUAUGUCAUGGCGCCGCUUAAUUUGGUGUAAGGAGGAGGUAGUGAGACUUGCGACGCUUCCCAUUGCAGCGCACAAGAGACCAAAUCAAUCCAGGAUAUGCCAAAUACUUGUUAUUCAUAAGCUAAAGAAAGCUGUCACGACGAGGUCUAGAGGGUAGAAUGAGGCCAUCAAUCAGGGAAGCGAUAGCCGUGGUGGCGGUGGUUUUGUUGAUUGAGUGUUUUUCUUUUCUUUUUUUAUUUGCCAAGAUUCAUACAUAGGUAACAAACCAUCCCUUAGUAUUCCUCCAAAGUCAUCCACUAUUACUAUCCCCAUAACAACGACCACCACCACCUCUGCUUCACUCACAUCUGCCUUGGCUCUCGAGACCAGUGACAGCAGGAUUAACAUAUCUAUCUCCUCUGGGAAACUUUUCUACCUUAUGCUACUUUUGUGCAAAAAUGACUAUACUUUUAUAGCCCACCAGCCAAGCCAAGUAAGUUCCUACGAGGGUUAGUAGAUGUCCAUUUUUGGAGAUCACCUCAUUUUACCUAAUAUAGUACUUCGGGACGUGGCUUCGUACAGGCGACGUCGCGACGCACUUAUGUAGGUCGACCGUGUGAAAAGAACAAGUAAAAUCACCAAAGAUAUAGAGAUGAAGGAAGAAGAGAUUUGCUGAUGAUAGUCUGAGCUUUUUAUCUCCUGUAUUUUUUCCACUUCCACUGAGACAAGAAGACAAAUAGUUUAAGGACACUAUAUUUGUAGAUAAUGAAUAGAGAAAUUACCGUUUA